GAGGAUGCACUGUGGAGGAAGCACAAAAAAGGAAAUUGGAAGCUAUUGACAUUCUGGGUGACGCAACCUUUACCCUUCAUAAGUGGGCAUCAAAUGCAAAGGAGUUGGAAGAAGGUAGUGUUAACGAAAAUCAUGAAGAGCAAACAGCGGCCAAACAACAAUUUGGGGUGCAGCCAACUGAGACGAAGAUCCUGGGUACAACGUGGAAUAAAGAGAAAGAUACAUUAAGUGUACAAAUAGGACAUUGUGGGAAAUCGCCAACGAAGCGCAACAUUUUAAGUCGACUGGCGAAGAUCUAUGAUCCAAUAGGAAUUGCAUCCCCUCUGCUUUUGCAAGGCAAACAAAUCUAUCGAGAGGUGUGUGACCUGAAAUUACCCUGGGACGCAGAAUUGAUUGGUAAAUUGAAGCAGAGUUGGGAGAAGUGGGAAAACACCUUACCAAGCGAAGUGACCGUGCCAAGAGCGGUUCUGUCGUUCCAAGAACCCGUCUGUAGCUUAGAGAUUCAUGGAUUUGGGGAUGCCAGCGGUGAAGGUUUGUGCGCAGUCGUCUACACAGUCGCUAAACAACCAUCUGGAGUUACUCAGGAAUUACUGGCAGCGAAAUCAAGACUUGCCAAAAGAGGACUGACUAUCCCGAGGUUAGAGCUUGUUGCAAGUCAUAUGGCCGCAAAUUUGGUCUCGAAUGCUAGCAAUGCGCUGAGACACAUUCCACACAGAAAACACUGCUGGUCAGAUAGUACUGUAGCUUUAUGGUGGAUUAAAGGAGAGGGUGAUUAUAAACAAUUCGUGUCGCAUCGAGUGGCAAAAAUCCGAGCUUCUAAUGAGAUCGUGUGGCAUCAUGUGCCAACAACCGACAAUCCGGCCGACCUCGGAAGCAGAGGUGGCAAACUGACCGAGAUGUGGAUGAAAGGUCCUGCCUGGCUAUCAGAGCGUAGUCUUUGGCCACCAGAUCUUAUAGUCAAACCGUCGACUGACUCCCAAAGUGAAGCAAAGGCGACGAGAUUAAAUGUACAACCCGACGAUGACGAGAUUUUAAGAUGUCAAGGUCGGAUACAAGGAGAGUUCCCUAUUUACUUGCCUGAUGACGCUCUAUUCACCGUGAAGUUAGUGGAAGAUGCACACUUGGAAACACUCCAUAGGGGAGUUAUACUUACGAUGGCAAAGGUCCGAGAAAAUUAUUGGGUUCCUCGGCUUCGUCGGCUAGUCAAAAAGCAAAGGAAGAGAUGCUACAGAUGCAAGAGAUUCACGACGAAACCGUAUCAAGCUCCAAUACCUGCUCCUUUACCAAAGACUCGAACAGAAGGAAACACACCGUAUAAAGUCAUUGGUGUGGAUUUUGCCGGUCCGAUUAAGUAUAAAGUCAAGAAAAUCAAGAAGGAAAAGCCUAUCUAG